GAUAAAAUAUCUUCUGUUUUUAAAAUUAUAUCUAAGAGAAUAAUAGGGCUACUGUUAGGUUAGGAUCUCAGGACAGGUCAAGCCAUGGGUCUUUCUGAACCAUCAGCCACCUCUCUUGCUCAUGUCCCUAUAUUAAAAGCCUAGUAAUUAACGAUUUAGAUAUAUAUUACAUACUGCCCUCGCAUUACUCGAAUCCGAGGGUUACAAGACGAGAGUGGGGAGGUAUAACGUUCAAAAUGGACGUAUAAUUAACAUGAAGGAAGGCUCGAGUAAACUAACAUGGGUAGAGGUUCAAUUCUGUAUGAUUGGUUCUGAAAAUGACCAGCGUUUACUUCGUAUUGCAGCUGAUCAUAAACAAUCGCCGACGAACUCAAAUUUUUACUUGCAUCCGAUCAAACUAGAUAACUGGCAAAUCGCCAACGCGUCUUUGUCGCCGAAUUGUGCAGGGCCAGUGGUAACCGGUCUCGCAGCACACCAUUUCAGCUAUUUUCGUCAGCCAAUCAACGCGAAGCGACUGACAGCCGCAGUUGAUGUUGGCAAGACAACGGGGUCAGUGUCGUCCUUGAUGGCUUGACAGGUGCGUGACAGUUCAGCUCUAAGGAUGUAUACCAAAGGGAAAGGUUCUACUGUCCCUUCGGAUGCUCAAGCAAGAGAAAAACUUGCUCUGUAUGUGUACGAGUAUUUACUCCAUGUUGGAGCACAGAAAUCAGCACAGACUUUCUUGUCAGAGAUUCGAUGGGAGAAAAACAUAACGUUAGGGGAACCACCGGGGUUCCUACACUCAUGGUGGUGCGUGUUCUGGGAUUUAUAUUGUGCAGCUCCAGAGAGGAGGGACUCCUGUGAUCACAGUAGCGAAGCUAAGGCAUUUCAUGAUUAUGGUUUUGUCAAUUCAGGGUACAGUGUAAACGGCAUGGCACCG